GAAAAAUAAUUAUAACUGCGUGACAUCAACGCUAUCUCGGGCGAAACCGCGCUGUAAGAAGAGCAGAGAGGAUUAUUUGGUGGAGCUCAUUUCGUCAGUGGACAUAAAUUGAAUCUUCUCUCGAUCGAUUUAGUGUAGAAAAGAGUGAAGGAGAAAAAACCCUAAACAGAUUGAACCAGAAGCAGGAGGAAGAAGAUCAAGCGGGGAAAGAUGUCGUGGCAAGUUUACGUCGACGAUCAUUUGAUGUGCGAUAUUGAGGGCAAUCACCUCACAUCUGCAGCCAUUAUCGGCCAUGACGGCAGCGUUUGGGCCCAAAGCGAAACUUUCCCCAAGUUCAAGCCUGAAGAAAUUGCUGCUAUCAUGAAUGACUUCAAUGAGCCCGGGACGCUUGCUCCAACUGGUUUGUAUCUUGGUGGCUCAAAGUAUAUGGUAAUCCAAGGGGAGCCUGGAGCUGUUAUUCGUGGGAAGAAGGGCCCAGGUGGGGUUACUGUUAAGAAGACUGGUCUGGCUCUAGUCAUUGGCAUCUAUGAUGAACCAAUGACUCCUGGUCAGUGCAAUAUGAUCGUUGAAAGGCUUGGGGAUUAUCUCGUCGACCAGGGUCUUUAAAUAUCGGUCUAUUGUGUACAAGUCUAUGGACUCUUGAAUGAGUGGAAAUGGGUUUGAUUGAUGCUUGAGGAGUGAUGCUUAUGUUUCUCGUUUUUAGUGUUUGUCUCUUUCACUUUUUUGUUUGAAAUAUUGUGGUGGUUUUCAAGUGAGGUCCAUUGUAGUAGCAUCAAAUAUGGAUAUGGUAAACCAUUCAGCAUAAAUUUAUAAUUACUCUUUUAUUUUAUC